AUGAACAAAGCCAUCGGAAAACUCAGUAGAAAUAGAGCUCUCUUCUUUUGUUGCGAUAUUCAAGAUCGCUUUCGAAAUUUAAUUCAUAAUUUUCCUUCUGUACUCUAUGUUGCUUCUACGAUGAAUCAAGCCUCCACCAUGAUGAACAUUCCUUUCAUUUGCACAGAGCAAUAUGUAAAGGCUUUCGGAAAGACUUGUCCCGAGGUCAAUUUACCAACCUCUCCAAAAGACGAUUAUUACCUCUUUGAAAAGAAGAAAUUUUCAAUGCUCACAGAUGAUGUUAAAAAAGUGUUGGAAAAGUAUCCACAAAGAGAUCAAAUUGUGUUGUUUGGCAUUGAAGCCCAUGUUUGUGUUUUACAAACUGCUUUGGAUUUAUUAGAGGCCAACAAGGAAGUACAUAUACUUGCAGAUGGUACAUCAUCACAAAGAUCCUUUGAUAGAAGUGUUGCCUUUGAAAGAAUGAGACAAUCAGGAGCUUUUAUUUCUUCAUGCGAAAGUGCUUUAUUUCAAAUGAUGGAAGGAGCUGACUAUGAAAAGUUUAAGGAAGUGAGUGCAUUGAUGAAUCCAAAAUUGAGUCAACUUCGUCCUCAUCCUGGUGAAUUUAACCAGUAA